AUGGACAUCUUCAAGAUCCUGUCCCGCGGGACCGUCAAGACGUCCAAGGGCGCGCAGCUCGGCGCCAAUGCCGGCGUGAAGCUCCCCUCGGCCGGCACGCGGACGAACCCGCAGCUCUUCCACGACGACGUCCGCGGCCAAAAGCGCAAGCGCAACGGGGACGAGCCCGAGAAGGAAUCUUCGUCCGAGGACUUGCCUGUGGUGGACUUUUUCGCGCCCAAGACCGAGCCCGCUGCGAAGAAGCAGCCCGAGGCGCACAAGGCGGAGCGCGCGCUGAGUCCCCGACGCGCGCCCACGAAGAAGCUGAGCGAGGACGAGUGCCGCCAGCUGCUGCGAUCGCAUCGCCUCAAGAUUACGCUCAUGUCCAAGGUUGAGGAGCAGAAAAAGGUCACGAAAUCCAAAAAGAAGAAGAAGCAGGCGGUCGUCGAGGCCAAGAAGGAGGAAAAGAGGCAGCUGUUCCCUCAGCCCCUCGAGUCGUUUGGCGACUUGCGGACCAACUAUGGCAUCUCCCGCAGGGUCGCCGAGAACCUCGUCACGCAGGGCUACCGCGUCCCCACGGAGGUUCAGCUAGGCAGCCUGCCCCUGCUGCUCCACCCGGAGCUCGCGCUCGACGACAAGGAGGGCCUCGAGGAGGGCAUCGACUUUCUCGCCGUCGCGCCGACCGGCAGCGGCAAGACAAUCAGCUUCCUAAUACCGGCCAUCAACAACAUAAUGCGCAGAAGAGCCGAGGCGAAUCUGCAUGGGAUCCACGAGCUCGAGGCCGUUGUAGUGGCCCCCACCAGGGAGUUGGCAUAUCAGAUUGCCAACGAGGGCAACAAGCUGGUGCAGGGCACGGGCCUCAAGAUUGUCGGCAUGAAGAAGGGCAUGACGCUCGCUGCCGAGCAGCAGGUGCUUGCCGAGGACAGCUCCGAGGAUGAACAGGAAGAGGACGACGAAGAGGAUGAAUCGGCGGACGAGAAGAAGAAGAAGCAGUCUCGCAAGCCAGGGUCUGUGACCAAGGCGGAUAUCCUGGUCACGACACCGCUCUUGCUACUCAACUUUCUCACCUCGGGACCCAGUGGCACGGCCAAGGUCCUGCCGACUGUUCGCGACUUGAUUCUCGACGAGGCGGACGUUCUCCUCGACCCGUUGUUCCGGGAACAGACGCUGGGGCUGUGGACGGCGUGCACAAACGCAAAGCUUCGGCUGUCUUGCUGGUCGGCCACCAUGGGCUCCAACAUCGAGACGCUGGUCACGGACAAGGUCAAGGCCAGAGCAGAGUCUCUGGGAAUAAGCCAGAAGCCACUGGUGCGGUUGGUCGUGGGCCUCAAGGACACGGCGGUGCCCAACGUGGUGCACAAGCUCACGUACACGGCCAGCGAACAGGGCAAGCUGCUGGCUCUGCGGCAGCUGCUGCACCCGACGGCAGCUGAUGACUCCGGGCCGCCGCUGCGGCCGCCCUUCCUCGUCUUCACGCAGACCAUCGACCGCGCCACGGCUUUGCACGAGGAGCUCAAGUACGACAUCCCCCUCGAGGCAGGCGGGUCGUCGCGGAUCGCGGCGCUGCACAGCGGGCUGCCCGACUCGGCGCGCGCGGCCAUCAUGCGCAAGUUCCGCGCGGGCGAGAUCUGGGUCCUCAUCACGACCGACGUGCUCGCGCGCGGCGUCGACUUUGCGGGCGUCAACGGCGUCGUCAACUACGAUGUGCCCGGCUCCAGCGCCGCGUACGUGCACCGCGCGGGGCGGACAGGGCGCGCCGGCCGCGAGGGCGGCGUGGCCGUCACCUUCUACACCAAGGAGGACAUUCCCUUUGUCAAGACGGUGGCCAACGUGAUCGCGGCGAGCGAGCGCCAGGCGGGCAAGACGGGGGACCAGGCGGGCGUGCAGAAGUGGCUGCUCGACGCGCUGCCCAACGUGACCAAGGCGGACAGGAAGAAGCUCAGGGAACGGGGCGUGGAGGCGCGGCGCAGCGCCGCCGGCAACAAGGCCAAGAUCACGUCGACGAGCGGAUACGAGAGGCGCAAGCAGCACAACAGGCAGGGGGCCAUCGAGGGCAGCAAGAGGCGCAAGAUGACGGAGCGGGAGAGGGGCGACGAUGAUAGCGAUGGGGGCGAGUGGGCUGGCCUGGGGGACUAG